AUGGAGAUAAUGAACAUACUGAUUUUCACUAUUGGUAUACUUGGGUCGGUUGCAGUGGAUCCCAAGGGGACUUCCUCUGGAUCAAAUUCACUUCAACUUGAUAUCGCGAAGCCAUCUGUGAACUUGUUCUCUCAGGAGAGGUCAACAUCUGAUGAUAUUCCCGUUGUAAAGAUUACCCCCAAAAAUAAUGGAAGUGUAACAAAGAUCGUAGAAGCUGAUCUCCUAGUAUGGGAGUCAGAAAGUGGCCAAACUUCUCACAUGGCCACUGUAUAUUAUGAUGGGGAGACAGCGGUGUCUGUGACGGUAAGAUAUAGAGAUGUGGAUGGUAAAUCGUUUGAUCGUUUUUUCAACAAGGAUAAUGAUGAAUGGGAACGUGUAAACACGGAAGAUCAAGAUGACUUGUUGAAUAUGUUGAAGAAGAAAGGCCAAAACACUAUUGCUCAUACCCCUGCUCCCGCUCCUGCUCCUGCUCCUGCUGCGCGUUCACAACAGCGGUCUCGUAAACCUAUUGUUCUGAAUUUAGAAGAAAGUGACUCAGAGCUAUUUGAUAUGACAGAAGAAGAUGAGGGAAGAGCUACCAAGAGAGUCUAUUCAGCCAGACAACCUGCGAAUGGACUUACUGAGGUUAUUGAAGGUGAUUUUGAGCUCUGGAAAUCAGAUUCCGAUGACAAACACUGUAAAUCGGCGAUUAUAUAUUUUGACGAAGAUGACGAACCACAAUUGGCAUACUUUUUGCUAGAGGACGCUUCUGGCAGGCUUGUAGCUCGUCGUCAAAAAAGGGAUGGUAGAUGGAACACAAUUUCUAAAGAUGAUUAUGAGAAAGCAAUUGAGGAUAUGAAACUUGGAGCCCAACUCUCUGGUCUUAAAGAUAUAGAGUUGGAUAUUUCUGAUGUCGAUGCCAAUGUAUUUACCGUGGAGAAUUCCAAUGAAGGACAGGCUUCAUGCAAGAAAUGCACUCCUAGACCUGGAAACAAUUUGACAGAGAUCUUUGAGCUUAAUGUGCCUUUAUGGGAGGGAAAGCCCGAAGAGUCGUGUGAGCAGGUCAUUCUAUAUUCUUUGUCCAAUACUGCUCUUUUGGCCUUGCUACAAAUAAAUAAAGAUACCGGACGUUCCACUUCUCGUCAUCAAAAGAAGGAUAAUAGAUGGGUUGUUAUCAGCCAGGAAGAUUUCGACCAGGUUUUAACUGAGAUGAGAGAAGGAAGAGCUCAGCUUCCCGUUGCUACCACAGACAAACCACAAUCUCAGGGUGGUGGAUCGAAGAUCGUUACGUUGAGUAUUAACGCGGAUCCUGACCCUACCAGGUUUAAGGCAUUUGAUUUCUAUAUGGAUGAUGUCAAGACUAGGAUGUUUACCUUCUCAGGAGGUUAUAACCCUGUGAAGAUUGUUGACGGAAAUCAAAAUCUUUUAUGGAGAGCUAUGAGUGGUGAAAAGUGUCGUUAUAUAUUGGUGCACACUCCUGAUAGGUCAUACACAUUUGCCCAUCUUUUUAUAACAACAACUAUCAUUGUUGAUGAUUUGUUCUCUCACUACGAUGGCAAAAAGUGGUCAAUGAAUGACAGUAAAUAUAGGGAUAAGCUAAAGGCCAUUAAGGUGAAAACAAACCGUAUUGCUAAUUUUAGAAUGGAUAUCAAUCAGAGGACAGAUACUACCCAAUGCAAGGUAGUUUCCACUGACUUCGAUGGUAUUUCAGCGGUUUUGUUGAUUCCAACAAAGGGGUACCACGCUGUAAACGUCCACUUUGGUUCUCAAGUUCUAUGGCAAGCCGAAAAAGAUGGGGAUAGGUGUACAUUUGCUGUCCUGCGUAUUAUAGACAAUGAAAAUGUUUUGCUUUCUUUGACAGUCAGAAAGUCUGAUCAUAAGUUUGUGUCAGUUAUUAUCAUCAAAAAUGGUGAUAAGUGGUCUUAUAUCGACAGUAAAACAUACUUUUCGAACCUCUGCUCGCUAGAUGCUGCAAAAGCGCUGAAUCAGGCCCUUACUUUGGAUAUUAAUUUGGUUCCUCAUGAAUCCAAGUGCAAGUCAGAAGUUUCAACGUCUAAGAGAUUCCGUAGUUUAACGUACUACCCAUGUCCAAGAAACUAUACCAAUGCAUUGGUUGAUGGUCCAUGCAAGCUUUGGUCUACAAAUGCUCAUGGUGAACGUUGUGUUGAAUCCCAGGUUCACUACAACCAUGGAUCUUAUGCAUUAUGUAAAUUUACUGUUACUAAUAUUGAAAACAGAUCGACUGCCUACUAUUUUGUAAAAGAGGGAGGAACAUGGAAGAAAUCAGGUAUCGAUGAUUUCUAUCAGAAGCUUUCUAACAUGGGUUCUAAUGUUCCUGAGUCAUAUUCUCUUAAAGUUGACGAAAACUUUGGUGAUGGUGCCUGUGGUUUCUGUAACUUUGAAUGUGACGUUCUUCACAGUUCUCUGCAUGUUCCAUCAUCUCAACGCUUUGUUGACGCGUUAAUAUAUGAUUCUCAUCCAUUCUGGGUAUCUGCUUCCAUCGAUGUUGGCUGUGUCAUGAUUUUUGUUGAUUAUAAGGAUCGUUUUCCGCUUUUAGCUAGGUUACGUCUCAGCAAUUAUCACGAUGGUGACAACAUAUAUUUUGGUAUGAAAAACGGUAGAUGGACACCUAUAAAUGCUACAACAUAUGAUCAACACCGUGAAAGCUUAGAGUUAAAUAUUAUUAAGGGUAGGACACCCCAUGGAGAGUCCUGUCUUCAGUUGCUACCUGAAUCAAAGGAUAUGAAGAAGGCGGUCCUCCCUAGGUCAUCUAAAUUUGUCACAUUGGAUAUAACUGAGAUUUCUUCACAACAUUGUACUAUUAUCAAGUGUGAAUUGGAUGAUGUAUUGACCUCUUUAUUUUUUGUAAAUCCCGAACAACCCGUGGGAUCUAUUAGGGAUGGACCCAUAGAUAUCUGGAAGAGUGAAUCAGAGAGCGAAUGUAUAUUUGCUUCUGUUGCUCACAAUUUAGACCACGAAAAUAUCCUUGUUUAUCUUAUAGUUAGGGGUUCUGAUGAUACCGUUGGUGUUGAGUGCUACAUGAAGGAUUUGAAUGUAUGGCUGUCAAUUGAUAAGUCCUCUUAUGAUGAACAUAUCAAUAAUCUGAGGCUAAAGACCCCAUUCAAAGCUACAUUUACCGUUGAUAUAACAUCGAAGGAAGAUAACAUCAUGUGCAGAAGUACCAGUGUUUUACUAGAUGAUCUUCCAACGUCGUUGUUUAUUCCUCAUUCGGGAUAUCAUGCAACUAAGAUUGUGGAGGGUAAGGCUACAGUUUGGGUAGCUAAAGGUGAUGAAAGAUGCGUAUAUCUCUCAACUCGCUACCAGGGUGGUAAUCCGUAUUUGUUGUAUUUGGGUAUUAAUUCCGAAGAUGGUCGUGAUGCUAAACAUUACGAGAAGAAAGAUAGUGUAUGGACUGAGAUUGAGAAAACCGUAUACGAUAAUAAGCUGGCCAAUUUGAAAACAGCAAACAUACAAUUUAACACAGUGAAAUAUAGAUUGAUCGGUUUGGAUAUCAAAUCCCCAGCCGUAUACGAUUUUGAUGUGAAGAAGGAUGAUGGACCAAACUCUACGGUUAUGAUCACCCCUAGGUCAGGAAUUAAGAUGGUAAGUGUUUCUGAAGGAAACCUUGGAAUAUGGGAAACAAUUUCUCAGGGAGUACAUUGUUUGAAGGUAUCUGUGAAUAUGCUUGAUUCAAGACCAACAAUGGCAUCCCUUUUCAUAGCUGAUGCUUCUGGAAACACUGUACUAUAUAUUUACACCAAGAAGGGUGGUGAGUGGGAAUUUACACAAAGCGCAGAUUACAAUUCCUCAUAUCGUUCCUACACAACUGUAGUCUUGGAUAUUGGUAAUUAUGACAAGAAGCUUGGCCUUGAAGUUGAAAGUUUUACAUUCGAUGGAAAGAAGUAUACCAAAUACACUCCUUCACCCUCUUCAAAUCUGAGAAUUAUGACUGUGAUGGAUGGUAAUCAGAUGAUAUGGGACAGUUCCUCAGAUGAUGAAUGCUGUGCUGAUGUAACUUUGUUUUCGGAUCAAACAGAGAAUUUGUAUUGUUAUAUAACUGUUCUUGCUUCAGAAAAAGGUACAAGUGCUAGAUGUUUUGUUAUGAACAGUGGAAAAUGGUUCUCUAACUCUACAUACGAGUUCCGUCCGUUGGUAAAUAAACUCUUUGUGAAUAUCUCUUCCACUGUGAGAGCUACCUUGGAUAUAGGAUCAGAAUAUAACGAGUACUUUAAGGUUGUUAACUUCGACAUGGAUGAUGUACCAACUCGCUUGUACUAUCCUUUGGGUGAUUUUAUUGUAGAAAAGGUUGUAGAUGGACAAACCGUCCUCUGGAAUCACACUCCUGGUAAACCCUUUAAAUAUGCAAUGGCGCACUACUCCGAUGGAAAGUGUGUUCUCAUUGAUAUAUUCUUCGAGCUGGGGGUUCCAGGGUCGCAUAUAUACUACCACAGACAACAGGGAGGUAUAUGGAAAUCUGUGAGCAAGGGUAAUUAUGAUGCACAGUUCAUUUCUAUGGGUGUUAAAACAGAUAUUAAAUCCACCUUUACAUUGGAUGCCACAGUUGCGUUUGAUACCGAUGAGUGCAAAGUAAUAAGUUGUGAAAUUCAUGGUAUAGCUACAUACUUUUACAUUCCAAAAUCUGGGUAUCAUGCUACUAAGGUAAUCGAUUAUGGACUUGAUGCUUGGACUCCAUCUGGAAAUGAGAGAUGCAUAUUUUUCACAGCUUACUUGAAGAAUGGCGUAUUUUCGUUGUUUGAUGUUGUUAAGAUCAGUGGAUCUAGCCUGAGUUCUGACCAUUUCAGGCGUAAAUUCCUAAGAGACGAUGACCCAGAGUGUGAUGGUUCACAAUGGUAUCAGACAAAUGCGUCAAUCAAUAUGAAUCGCUGGAAACCAACUACUGUUUGGGAUGGUAAAGUGAAAAAGAGGUUUAACAAAAUCAAGGCGUCGGUAUCCGUACUGAAUAUUGAUACUGUAACUGAUGACAGACAUUUUUAUACUGAAGAUCGUUAUGCUCAAGGAACUCAUGUCAUUAGACAUACUGCACGUUUUGGCAAAUACAUUACUAGCGUUAAGCACUCUGAUUUGGAAAUUUGGAAGACACAAGAUGGUAUGACUUGCAUAGACGCAUUCGUAUAUGUAGAACGUGGUACAAACAAGUUGCUUUAUCUUUUGCUUUGGAAUCCUAAGGAUAGUGGAAAAUUCUCUAUUCUUCAUUACAGGAGAGAAAGUCAUACUUCAUGGGCGAAGACGACCAGAAGGAGAUAUACGGCGAUGUUAGAUUCGCUGAUGUAUCUUUCAUUCCGUUACGGGUUUAAUAUGGAUGUUUCUGCUAAAACCUCGAAUCAUGCUUGCGAGAUUGUUGAAUGUCACAUUCAAGAUGUCCCGGCAUGUUUGCACGCUCCUCGUAACAAGUUCCAGUUGAACACUAUAAGUGAUGGUGAUUCUAUUAUUUGGAAAAGAAGAUGCGAUAAGAGGGUGGUAUUUGCCACAGUUUACUUCCAGAAUGGAAAGCCUUAUCUAUGUGAUAUUAUAAUGAAGAAUUUUUCAUGGGAUGUUGAAAAUGUGUGCUUUAAAAAGGAUCUUUAUGGAUGGACUAUGAUCACCAAGAAAGAUUAUGUUAGAAAACUGGCUCUGAUUAAGUUCAAGGCUCCAUACCGUGCAACAAUAUCUGUGGAUGUUAGCAAUGUUCCAGAUACAUGUAGGCAGAUUAAUAUGACAGUUGAUGGGUCAUUGGUUGAAAUAUUCAUGCCUCUUCCCGGGUAUCGCAUUAAUAAGAUCACAGACGGUAUAAACGUACUUGGGGCUCCAAGGGAAGGGCAAGUAUUUUCCUUUUAUGCAAGAUCUGAUGAUACCGAGUGUGUUGUUGGUAAACACAUUCCUUCGCGUUCUGCUGGAUCUGGACAGCUGGAGAAGGAUGGCACUGAGUGGCCAAAUAUUGCUCAUCAGAAUAUGAGUUUCUGGCGUAUGAAAUAUUUCACGCCAAAGAUCUAUGAUUAUUCUGUGCAAGCAUAG